ACCGCACCCAGGCGGAGGCAAGUUAUUCGGUCAAGUCAACCACAGUCCACAGACAUAGAGCGUCUCUCUUCCUCAUCGCCGGCGGGCGCAGGCACACCUUCCACCUCCAUCCCCUCGAGACCGAUCCGUGCCAUGGACACGGACUGGCGGCCCAUGCAGGGGUCCAACCCCCCCGCCGGCGUCGACCCGGACUGGCGUGCCCAGCUCCAGCCGGAGACGCGCAACAGGAUCGUCAGAAGGAUAUUGGAAACUCAUCCGCCAGUAUCAAAGCCAACGGGAUUGAACGAACUUCAAAGAAACGCCGUGCGGUUCGAAGAGGAGAUCUAUACCGCAGCGACCAACCAGGUAAUCCGGAGCACAUCUGUUACGCCGGGACUUGAAUUGGGGCCAUGAGUGUGCCAACACCCAUACCCAAACCAUUUGGAGCACAUCCCAGUUGUUUUAGCAUUUUUCACACUUAGUUUCUAUUCGAGGCAUGUGUUUUGCAGCUUUGAUGACCUUUUUUGUAUGAUUAUGAUUCAAAUGUUAAAAGCUGAAGCACCU